GCUUCCGGUGGCCCCUGACCGUGCCGGGGCAGAGGCCCGGGCCAUGGCGGGGAGCCGGCUGGAGACCGUGGGCAGCAUUUUCUCGCGGACUCGGGACCUCAUACGGGCCGGGGUACUGAAGGAGAAGCCCCUCUGGUUUGACAUCUACAACGCCUUUCCCCCGCUGAGGGAGCCGGUCUUCCGAAGGCCCCGCUUGCGAUACGGCAAAGCCAGAGCUCGCAUCCAGGACAUCUUCUACCACGAGGAUCUGAUCAGAGCGAAAUUUUAUUCAGCUUAUGGAUCCGGUCAAAAAGCUUUUGAUCUGUUCAAUCCAAACUUCAAGUCUACCUGUCAACGCAUGUCUUCAGAGCUCACAGGAUACAGACCUAACGUGACUGCUUGGAAUUCCAGGUUUGUGGAGAAGUACAUUGAGCUACAGAAACUUGGAGAAACAGACGAAGAGAAGUUAUUUGUGGAAACAGGGAAGGCUUUAUUGGCCGAAGGUGUCAUUUUAAGACGAGUAGGAGAAGCAAGGGCUCAACAGGACCAUAGUCACGUUUCCUGGAAAUCUGAACCCACGGAUGUCAAACCCCAAACUGUGUUGGAAGAAAAACAGCCUCUGAAGGAAGUCCCAGAGCACCUGAAGAGCAGUUGAAAGGCCUCCCGCCUCCCUGAAGAGCUUGUACCACGCACACUGACCUCCGCACUGGAUUCACUAGAUGGAUGUUGAACGACUUUUCACAGCUGAGCUGUGUAAAUGUUUCUGGAUCUCGAAGGCCUUAUGUUUGCCUUCUUUUAGUUCCUAUUGCUAAGUUGUCAUAAAGCUCAGUAUCAUGGUUUGAAAGAAGCAGUUAUGUGAACUUUUAUGUUAGAAUGGUAUUAAACAAAGAAUUCCCUAGCUGCUUAUAAUGUAAAUUUACUUUAAAACUGUAAAUAGCAUGAGGAAACCUUUGUAAGUAUUGUUCAAAUGGGACUCAUUCUGAGUAGGUUUGCUUGGAUUUUGGUGUUAGCAUGUGGGCUGGUGGUGCCCUGGCCACUGUGGCUCUGGUGGUUGGGCAUCGUCCUAUGCACUGAAAGGUUGACGGUUCGAUUCCUGGUCAGGGCACAUGACCGGGAUGUGGGCUGGAUCCCAGGGAUCCCUGCUAGUGGGUGUGCAGGAGGCAGUCGAUGAAUGUGUUGCUCUUGCAUCGAUGUUUCUCUCUCCCUCUAAAAUAAUAAACACAAAAUGUGGGCUGGCUAUCUCUUGUAUGUUUCUCUUCUCUGCAUCCAUCAGACUUGUACUUAACAUACAACGUGGUUCCUUGGUCAGUUGUUUCUGUGUGCAGAUCAUCUUUGUACUUGUUGUUGUAGAACUAUUGGUCUUAAGAGGCCAAGCUGACCUGUGAGGACCUAUAAUUGAAAAUAGCCAAAGGCCAAAACUGUAACUUCAAUCUCAUGGAUUGACUGUGCUGAAGACAGCAUAGGCCUGCGCACACUAGGCUUUGUUGAAUGAAAGAAUAAUUACAUCCAGCUCAAGACUGAGUUCAGAUGACACCUCUUGGAUUGCCCAGAGGGGCCCCAGAGGGGGCCAGCCAAUUCAAAUGAUGCUCUCCACCUGCAUCCACCUGCCUCCCUGGUGUCCAGGUGUGCCUACAAGUCCUAACAACUGUCUCGCUUUCUUCAUUUCCAUAUCUUUUAUUAAGUAAAUGGUACAUCUCCUGAGAUUGUUACCUUUGUAUUUGUGAUGAAGCCAGUGUUUUUCAGCUACUGGUAAUAAACUGCUUCAGCUAUGUCUUAUUUCAAAACUUGUGUAGCUUUUGUCCCGUAUCCUUUGUGUACAGACACCUCUGUCUCCUGGUAGACUAAGGGUGGGGCACCCAUCUUGCAGCCUGUACACCUUGCACAUUGGUGCUCAAAUAAUGGGAGGUGAAUGAGUACAUGAGGCCAAAGCAGGUCUCAGCUGUGUUGCUUCUCCACCCUCCCUGCCCCCACUGUUACCACUGCUUCCUCUUGUUUGGGGAAAGCUUUUGUCUUAGAUGGGGAAGUCCAUUUCACCAUCAACAACGUUAGGCGACCACUGGAUUCUAAAUACUGGGCCAGGCCUUGGGAGGACUUCAGCAGGUGGAGGAGAUGGUUCUGUUCUCAGAGGAACAGUUGGGGGUCCCUCAUUACUUCUCUAAACCUUAUGUUUCUGGGGUUUAAAGGGAAGUUUUUUAUUUUUAAAAGGAACAGCAAUACUGUUUGUGAUAACAGCAAUAGGAAAUACAUAAGAAUAAAUCUGAGAAAAAUGUACAGUGAAAAGUAUAACAAUAUAAGAAAAUAAAGGACAGUUUCUU